UUGCGUCAAUUUAGCUUUCAGCUUGCGUCUAAUUUGCGUUGCUUGCGUUCGACAAAUAUUGAAAUUGUGGACGAUUCGUACUCAUUGCUGUACAGGUUGAUUCAAGAUCAUCCAUGUCGCUCUAGCACCGAAAACGAAAAGCAUAUCCAACCCAUUGAUCGGUGAACAUUUUUUAUUCAAAUUUUAGCAUCAUCUUUUUUGGCAAGCCAUUGAUGUACUGGAAUCAGCUGUCCUUUCUUCUUUUACGUCAUGAGUGUCAGUUUCAUAACAAAGAGUUUUAUUAUUAUCCAUGGAUGGUCAUGGAUAGCCCGGCCUCCCCUGAAAUUAAUGACUACAUUCAAAGCCGUCUUCAAUGCCUCAUAGAAGGGACCAAACAUGAGAGUCCUUUGGCGGUACCGGAUCAUCCACCUCCUUGGUUGGACCAGGAUCAAUUUCUUCGAGGACGAGCACUCUUCUAUGAAUACAAAAUGGGCAUUUUGAUGAGCAGUUUCCGAAGCUUGGUUGUGGGUCUGUCCAUUCCCAAUCUAGCGAUUCCCCUUUGCUUGACUAAGCGUAGUAGUACGCCCGCGAAAGCGUUUAAGCGAUAUCUGCACACCGGUGGCAUGGUGGAAGAGAUCUAUAAAAUCAUCCCUUGGGAGUCGACCCAUGUACUGGACACCAUCAAUCGUUAUCAUCGUUUAGCUGCCCAGAAGAUUCGGGCUAUGUCCAAGGAGCAAAGAGAUACGUUGGCUCUGUUGCAGUUCCAAGAUUUGCCUCAACACCCGUACGCUCUCAGUUCAACUGAUCGAGGUCUCUUGGAAGUGCUCCAGACCAUGGACUAUCCUUCGACUCACUUGGGUCGGGAGCUCUUCCGAGAGUAUCGUCAUACCCAUGUGGUCUUUUCUGACACGGACAUGGCCUUGGUUCACUUGGCCUUCUUCGCUACUUUUGUUCAACAUCCCAUCAGUUAUGGAGGAGGAGGCAUUGGAGAACAAGAUUUGGAUGCCUUCCUCCACUAUUGGCGUGUCAUCGGAUAUUACUUGGGCGUCAAAGACGACCUCAAUCUGGCCGGAGGGGGAAGUCAAAGCGAGCUUUGUGCCGUCUGGCGAGCUUUGUCCAAGCAAUUGUUGUACCCUUACCUUCAGAUCUUGGAUGGGGUGUCCCUCAAAAUGGUCAAAGCUUUAACCACAGCCAAUGAUCUCAAUCUGGGCCUGAUCAUGUUUUCUUCCAUGGAAGUGAAUGGAAAUGAAUUGUCAGAAUUGUGGAACAAGUUUCCAGUGCAUACCAAAUUCCUGUACUAUUGGCGGCGAUUCUUUAUGGAGUGUCUGUACCGAACUCGAUACUUCCGAAUUACCAUCAACUGGCUUCUGUCCACAGUCACUACCCGACUUCUAGAGAAGCUGGGGCCAUAUUCACCCUUAGAAACAGACGUCUAAGACCAGAGGAAUGCAUUCAUUGCAUCAUUGUGACGUCACGUUAAUACAUCGCCAAGUCAAACUGUUUCAUUUGAAAAAUAAAGAUAAAGCAAUCUUA